GCACUCUAAAUCUUUCCUAUAAUAUGCUAGAGGGUGAAGUGCCAAUGGAUGGGAUCUUUGCAAACUCUAGUGCCUUUUCAGCACUGGGGAAUGGAAAGCUAUGCGGAGGAAUCAAAGCAUUGAACUUAUCAUCUUGUCCUAAACCUACCAAAAAGAAAGCAAAGCUGUCUACUCCUAUAGUAAUAGUUAUUGCCAUUACUAUUCCUCUAGCUAUAGUUUUACUACUCAUAUCUGCCUAUGCAAUUCAUAGACUAAGAAGCUCAAAACAACAAUUACCUUUUACUUCUGCAGCAGAAAAACAGAAUCAGAAGCUCUCAUAUGCAGAAUUAUAUGAUUCCACCAAUGGUUUUUCUUCAGAAAAUUUGAUUGGUGAAGGUAAAUAUGGCUCUGUUUACAAAGGGGUCCUCAAACCUGAUGAGCAAAUGGUUGCUGUUAAGGUUCUUAAGCCCCACCAACAUGGUGCCCAUAAGAGCUUCUUGGUUGAAUGUGCAGCGUUGAGAAACAUCCGCCAUCGAAACCUUGUCAAGAUCAUAACCUCUUGUUCAAGUUUAGACUUCAAGCAGAACGAUUUCAAGGCUUUGAUUUUCGAAUAUGUGCCUAAUGGAAGUUUAGAGAAUUGGUUACAUCCAAGUUCAGCUGAGGAAGAGGGACAAAGCCUAAUGAAGCUCCAGUUGAUACAAAGACUGAAUAUUGCAAUCGACAUUGCGUCCGCCUUGGAUUACCUUCAUAACCAUUGUGGGACACCGAUUAUCCACUGUGAUAUAAAGCCAAGCAACAUACUUCUAAGUGAUGAUUUUCGUGCCUUGGUUAGUGAUUUUGGCCUUGCAAAAUUUCUUUCCUCCAUCGAAGGUAAAUCCCAUCAACAUCAAAGCAGCUCAGUAGCAAUUAAAGGAACAGUUGGAUAUGUUGCUCCAGAAUAUGGCAUGGGUGGAGAGGUAUCAACACAAGGAGAUGUAUACAGCUAUGGUAUUCUAUUGCUUGAAUUGUUUACAGGGAAAAGGCCUACUGAUAGCAUGUUCACAGAAGAUUUUAGUCUCCAUAGUUAUGUUAAGACGGCUCUUUCCCAUCAGAUAAUGGAAAUUGUUGAUCCAAAGAUCUCAAUGGAAGCAGAAUCCAUAGCAGGUAUAAUCACCAAAACAAGCAAAGGCGGCAGCAUCAGUCAGGAGGAACGCUACCUAUCGAUGUUUCGGAUUGGUGUUUCAUGCUCUUCAGAAAUUCAGAGGGACAGGAUGAAUAUUAAAGAUGUCCUCAGUGGAUUACAAGCAAUCAGGAAUGAGUUCGUUCAGGUUAAUGAGAUGAGAGCAAUGUGA